AUGAGUGUUAAACGGACCAAAAUGGAAAAGCCACCUAGUUCCCACGUGAACCAAUCCAUAAAUUCAUAAUUCCGUGAUUUAUUGCACCGUAUUGACCCACCGCUAUCGAAGAAGAAUUUUUAAACCAGGAAAAAAAAAAUGGAAAUUUCCUGGUAGUUUCCUCAGUGCAAUCGCCACUAGAUAACCUAAAAGAGCGGCGAAAAAUUCCGUAGUUUGAGUUCGCAUUGUGAGGGAAUAGUGAAAUAGUGAUUAUUUGCUCGUUAAGGAGUGUCAUCUCUCCUGCGACUUCAGAAUGAUCAACGGGAGUGGAGAGGACUUCAAGAGCUCGCCAUAUAGACGCACCAGUAACGACCUCGAGGCUGGUAACAGUCGCCGAGAGUUUGGUGAGGAGGAGGAAGAUGAAGGUUCAGGACCAUUCGAUAUUGUUCGAACUAAAAGUGCACCGGUGGAUCGGUUGCGGAGGUGGAGACAAGCUGCACUCGUGCUAAAUGCUUCUCGCCGAUUUCGGUAUACGUUGGACUUGAAAAAGGAGGAAGAGAGGAAGCAACUAAUUGCUAAGAUUAGAAUGCAUGCUCAAGUCAUUCGGGCUGCUGUUCUCUUCCAAGCAGCUGGCGAAGGAGUGAAUGAGCCAGGAGUGCCGAAGAAACUGCCUUCAAUACAGGGCCAUGUUAGCGAUUUUGAUGUUAGCUUAGAGGAGCUAGUUUCAAUAUCCCGGGAGCACGAUCUUUCUCUGCUGGAGCAAUAUGGAGGGGUCAAAGGAGUCGCUGGUAAAGUAAAAUCGCAUUUGGACAAAGGUGUACCUGCAAACAAUACUGAUCUCAUAAGCAGAACAAAAGCUUUUGGAUCAAACACAUAUCCUAGGAAAAAAGGCAGGAGUUUUUGGAGGUUUCUCUGGGAGGCUUGUCGAGACACAACUCUAAUUAUCUUGAUGGUUGCUGCAGCUGCUUCUUUGGCACUGGGCAUAAAGACUGAGGGUAUAAAAGAAGGUUGGUAUGAUGGGGGAAGCAUUGCCUUGGCUGUACUUAUUGUCAUUGUUUUCACAGCUCUAAGCGAUUAUCGACAAUCUCUCCAAUUCCAAAAUUUAAAUGAAGAGAAGCAAAAUAUACACAUGGAGGUCAUUAGGGUUGGGAGGAGAAUUAAGGUUUCUAUUUUUGAUAUAGUUGUUGGUGAUGUUGUGCCUCUCAAAAUUGGUGAUCAGGUCCCUGCAGAUGGAAUUCUAAUCACUGGUCAUUCCCUUGCGAUUGAUGAAUCAAGUAUGACUGGGGAGAGCAAAAUUGUUCGCAAGGAUCCAAAGGCACCAUUUCUUAUGUCUGGAUGCAAGGUUGCUGAUGGUUAUGGUACCAUGCUGGUAACAAGCGUUGGGAUAAAUACGGAAUGGGGAUUGCUGAUGGCCAGCAUAUCAGAGGAUAACGGUGAAGAAACGCCAUUGCAGGUACGAUUAAAUGGGGUUGCAACAUUUAUUGGUAUUGUUGGGCUUGCCGUGGCUGUAGUGGUUCUGUUUGUCCUUGUGAUCAGAUUUUUUACUGGGAAAACCGAGAAUCCAGGUGGUAGUGUCCAGUUCCAAGCAGGGAAGACUAGCGUUAGUGAUGCUAUAGAUGGCUUCAUAAAGAUUUUCACCGUUGCAGUGACCAUUGUAGUUGUUGCAGUACCUGAAGGGCUCCCAUUAGCUGUCACUCUGACGCUUGCCUAUUCAAUGAGAAAAAUGAUGGCGGACAAGGCCUUGGUCAGGAGGCUAUCAGCCUGUGAAACCAUGGGCUCAGCAACAACAAUUUGCAGUGAUAAAACCGGGACCCUAACUUUGAAUCAGAUGACUGUGGUUGAUGUGUUUGCUUGUGGCAAGAAGAUUGAAUCCCCCGAGAAUAAGUCACUGCUUCCUCCUGGUGUUAUGUCUCUGCUUAUUGAAGGCAUUGCACAGAACACAACUGGCAGUGUAUAUGUCCCUGAGGGUGGUACAACCGUGGAGAUUUCGGGAUCGCCAACAGAAAAGGCCAUUAUUCAAUGGGCUGUUAAUCUUGGGAUGGAUUUUGAUGCUGUUCGAUCAGAGUCACUAGUAAUCCAUGCUUUUCCAUUCAACUCGGAGAAAAAGAGAGGUGGCGUUGCUCUAAAGCUGUUGGAUUCGGAAGUUCAUAUACACUGGAAAGGGGCUGCAGAAAUAGUCCUUGCAUCUUGUACCGAUUAUAUGGAUGCAAAUGGCUGUGUGGUGCAAAUGAAAGAAGACAAGGUAUCGUAUUUCAGGAAAGCAAUAGAAGAUAUGGCUGCAGGAAGUCUACGCUGUGUUGCUAUUGCCUACAGGUCAUAUGAGAUUGAGAAGGUCCCUUCAAAUGAUGUGGAAAUGGCAAAUUGGCAAUUACCAGAAAAAAACCUUAUUUUACUUGCCAUUGUUGGCAUCAAGGAUCCUUGUCGACCAGGUGUGAGAGAUGCAGUUAAAUUGUGCAUUGAUGCUGGUGUUAAGGUACGUAUGGUCACUGGAGACAAUCUUCAAACGGCAAAAGCAAUAGCUUUAGAGUGCGGGAUAUUAGGAUCAAAUGGAGAUGCUAUUGAGCCAAAUCUUAUUGAAGGAAAGGCAUUCCGUGCCAUGUCUGAGAUGCAGAGGCUGGAAGUGGUUGAUAAAAUUUCGGUGAUGGGUAGGUCAUCACCAAAUGACAAACUAUUGCUUGUUCAAGCAUUAAGGAGGAAGGGACAUGUUGUUGCUGUUACUGGAGAUGGUACUAAUGACGCUCCUGCACUACAUGAGGCUGAUAUUGGUCUUGCAAUGGGUAUCCAAGGAACAGAAGUUGCCAAAGAGAGCUCUGACAUCAUCAUAUUGGAUGAUAAUUUUGCUUCAGUAGUGAAGGUGGUGCGGUGGGGUAGAUCUGUUUAUGCCAAUAUUCAGAAAUUUAUACAAUUUCAGCUCACUGUUAAUGUUGCAGCUCUUAUAAUCAAUGUUGUGGCUGCAGUUUCUGCUGGUAAUGUCCCAUUAAAUGCAGUGCAGCUUCUCUGGGUAAAUCUUAUAAUGGAUACACUAGGGGCCCUGGCACUAGCAACUGAACCUCCUACAGAUCAUCUGAUGCAUAGGCCUCCUGUGGGUAGAAGGGAACCUCUCAUUACAAAUGUCAUGUGGAGGAACUUGAUAAUUCAGGCUCUAUACCAAGUGAUCGUUCUCUUAAUCCUGAAUUUCCGGGGAAGAAGCAUUCUGAAUUUAGAGCAUGAAUCAGAUGAUCAGGCUUCCAAACUGAAGAAUACACUUAUAUUCAAUGCGUUUGUCCUUUGUCAGAUAUUUAAUGAGUUGAAUGCUAGAAAGCCUGACGAGAUCAAUGUGUGGAAAGGGGUUACUAAAAACCGUCUUUUCAUGGGAAUAGUUGGGCUUACAGUGGUUCUUCAGGUUAUCAUAAUAUUUUUUCUUGGGAAGUUUACUUCAACAGUUAGACUCAGUUGGAAACUAUGGCUUGUUUCCGUUGUCAUCGGUAUAAUCAGCUGGCCUCUAGCCAUUGUUGGGAAGCUGAUUCCUGUUCCUGAGAGACCUUUCAGCGACAUUUUACAAAGAAAAUAUGCAAAGAAAGAAAAUCAAGAGGAUAAUCUUUAAGGAAGUGGAGAGACACCGCUGCUGCGCUUAUCUGUACCCCAGGUAGUCUGCAUUACUAGCUGACGUGUGGAUAAAAAAGAUCAGUAUUUCUAGGCGGUUGUAAGUAUUUAGUGUUUGUUUCUGUCCUAUUAUUGGUGAGUAAUGUAUUAUGGAAUAGUGAUUGAUGUUGAAAUGUGUGGUUAAAAAAGAAAGAAAAGUUUUUGAUUUACGUGUAAUAUUAUUUUAUUGAAGAACGUGUGGUUAAAAAUGAGUACUAUAAAAAAAAUAAUGUGAUAGUGUGGGAAAAUGGUAGACAAACAAAGCCUUAAUCUUUCAUCAAACUGACUUGUACAUUUCAGUGGUGAAAAUACGAAGUUGCUUUGUUUAUGCAGCAAAGUGUAAAUCGCUCUUUAUCAACAAUUUUUAGUUAUAGUUCU